UUUCCGGUUCGAUUUACCGGUUUAAUGUAGUUAACCGGGGUAAAAUCUUAUAUGUUAACCGGUUUGAAAAGAGAUUGAUAAGGAAGGCCCUUUCUCUGAAAAAGCGAGACCAAGAGUGCGAAGUAGCUCUCUGUCUUUCGAAGCAGAAGUGAGACUUUGACGACAACAGUGGGAGGAACUAUGAGUUCUUGUGUUGUGACGACAAGCUGUUUCUAUACAAUUUCAGAUUCUAGUAUACGUUUGAAAUCCCCCAAGCUCCUCAAUCUGAGUAACCAGCAGAGAAGACGCUCUCUUAGGUCUCGAGGUGGUUUAAAGGUUGAAGCUUACUACGGUCUAAAGACACCUCCUUAUCCACUUGAUGCUUUGGAGCCGUAUAUGAGUAGAAGAACACUAGAAGUGCAUUGGGGAAAACACCAUCGAGGUUAUGUAGAUAAUCUGAAUAAACAGUUAGGGAAAGAUGAUAGACUCUAUGGAUACACCAUGGAAGAGCUUAUCAAGGCUACAUACAACAACGGGAAUCCUUUACCCGAGUUCAACAACGCUGCACAGGUCUAUAACCAUGAUUUCUUCUGGGAGUCGAUGCAACCUGGUGGUGGAGACACGCCUCAAAAGGGUGUUCUUGAGCAGAUUGAUAAGGAUUUUGGUUCUUUCACAAAUUUUAGAGAAAAGUUCACUAAUGCAGCUCUUACUCAGUUUGGUUCUGGAUGGGUCUGGCUUGUCUUAAAGAGGGAAGAGAGAAGGCUUGAGGUGGUCAAAACCUCAAACGCCAUUAACCCACUCGUGUGGGACGAUAUUCCAAUCAUCUGCGUGGAUGUGUGGGAGCACUCUUAUUAUCUGGACUACAAGAACGACAGGGCUAAGUAUAUAAACACAUUUCUGAACCACUUGGUGUCGUGGAACGCUGCCAUGAGUCGGAUGGCCCGUGCAGAAGCGUUUGUGAAUCUUGGUGAACCCAACAUCCCAAUCGCUUAAGCUAAACACAACUCCUUGGAAACUUGGGCAGUCUCAUUUUUGCAAACAGAGGUCUCAAGUCCCAAGUCCCAACCAACAAAACAAGAGUUGCUUUCUGAAUGUGACCCAUCUUUUUGUUCUGUGUAAUUUAGCGACAGUUUUCUCUUCUUUUGCCUUUUGAGAGACUCUCUAGCUUUAAGAUCAUCAGUGAGCCCUGUAUGGUGACAGUAAUGUUAGUGACGCAAUUAACCCUUAUUAAGUUAUAAUAAAACGAAGGCUGGCUCACGUGACCCGCACGUGACUGAGAGUAUCCG